GAGAUGGAGGAGGAGGGACGGCGCUGCGGCCACCCGGCAGCCUGGGUACAGUGGCUCACACCUGUAAUCUCAGCACUUUGGGAGGCCAAAGCAGGCAGAUCGCUUGAGCCCAGAAGUUGGAGACCAGCGAGGGCAACAUAGUGAGACUCCAUCUCUAUUAAAAAUAUGUAUAUUGAAAAAUUUAAAAUUUGUUGAAAAAAUGUAACUGUAUAAAACGUGAAAGUUGCCUCUCCUCUACCCCAAAUCACCUUUUUUCCUCCUGCCUGCUAUUCUUGACUAAUGUUAGUGCUUCAUCAUCUCAUUUUUCUCCUAAUCCCUUUUUCCAAAUAUCUCUUAGCCUGAGGUCUUCAUAACUUCCAUCAUCCCACUUCAUUAUUACCUAGUUACUUUUCAUUUCUCUUAGCAUCCGAAUUCCAGACUCCUCAUUCUUCUAAUUUCCCCAGGCCAAAUUCCUGCAUCCCUCUUCACCCCUCUUCAUUUCUGUACUUCCAAAGAGGAAAUCCUUGGAAAUAAGGGGGUUAGAGACACCAGUAUCACCUCCCUGCUCUUCCUGCCUCCUCAAAUUGUUUUCUCUUCUACUUCUCUUUUCAUAAAAUAGCUCUAAUCCUCCUGUUAGCAAUUUUUAAAAACAGUAAAAAAUGGUCUUUCUCACUAUAUAGGUAUCAAAAGUGUUCAGAAACAAGUAUACAGCCUUUAAGUGGAAAUAGAGCUAUCUGGUACUAUUUUUAAAAAAUUCUAACCAUCAAGAAACAAAAGUUCAGGAUUUUCUUCUCUUAUGGAACUUUUAUUUAAAAGGAAAGUAUAGAAAAGUUGGUCUCACUUUCCAGUGGACAAAUUCACCGUAUCGUCCUGAUCUGUACCAUAUGAAUGUUAAGAAUAUAGAUGAAGUUAUCUUCUUCCUUGCUGAAGGACACCAGUCAAUUAUAUGGAUUUCCCAGGACUGGUAUAUGUCUGAUAGUCACUGGCAUGGCUGUAUCUGUUGUUAAAUGCAGAGACACUUCUGUAUUGGGUAGUCCAUAGCUGCUAAUUGAAGCCCCAGGUAAUCCCUAACUGACCUGGUUCAUUCCGCUGUACCCCCUUGAUCCGGCAACUAAAGGGUUAACAGCUGGAGGCUUCUGGGAUCCAGCUUGAGCUGGUGGUUAAGUACACUGAACAUCAGCCCUGGACCUCCCCAGUGCCACUUAUUGUUACUAAAAUUCUAGAUUAAGGCAAACGCUUUUUGGUUGUCAAGAACAUAGCGCUGUCUCCAAGGAACAGCUUAGUCGGUCCCACCAGAAGCAUCUGUUGGGAGCAGGUUGGGCACCAAGCCAUGCAGGACUUGGGAUUUGGGACAAUGUAGAUUUGUGUGAGUGCACAUUAAGUCUCAUUGCAAAAUAGAAAAAAAAAGUUAGGAAAAAGGAGCAAGAAGUUAUUCUUUUAAAGUAGAGACUAUGCCUUACUCAUCCUAGCACCUAGCACCUAGCAUCUGGCCUAAUGCUGGCAUACGGUAUGCACAUAAUUAAUGUAAAUUGAGCGAACGAAUGCAGGAAUGGGUGCAUGCCUCCUGCUUCACCAUCAGGAUAUUCUUGUUGGGAUAAUGGUAACUCACAUUUAUAUAGCAGUUUAGACUUUACAAUGUGGUGCUUUGCACCUUGUAAAUUUCUAGUAUAAUUCCAACAUCCUUGGUUACUUCCAGUUUUCCGUCUCACAUGUAGUCCUACACGAGGUUUGUUUCCAAAGGAGAAUAUGUAGUUAAUUGGCCAAGAAAUUACAAGCUGGGGGAAAAAUUAUAAAUACUGGGAAAUAAAGGAUUCUUCGUAGGGAACGAAACAGGGUUUGUUAAUGAUUUACGGGAAUUAUGUGAAGGGCCACAUUAUGCAUCAACAAUACCCUCCAGCCUAUAUUUCAAGUACAUGCAGUUUCUUGCCUCAGUGCCUCUGCUGCAAAGACCUACCCCACUUCUCUUAGCCUGUCUGUCCCCACUCCAUACCCCUGACCUUUCAUCCAGCUGGCCCCUCCUUGCUAAAGCUCCCUUAAUCCUUUCCCAGCUCCCUUUCCAAGUUGAAGUAGGUUCCCCCCGUCCAUGCUCUCAUAGCACCCUGCAACCUUAUUAGGCUGUAAUUAUUACAUAGUUAGAUCGAUCUCCAACUAGAUUGUGAUCUCUUUGAUGGAGAGACUACGUUCUUGUAUAUCUUCAGUGCCUGACACAGAAGUGUUUCUAAAAGUAACAUCUGCACACCCCUCAAACAGAAGCACAAGGGGCGAGGCCAAGAAAUCUGCUCUCCAAGUGAUAACUUAAACUUUUUAACAUGCUCUUCAGGUGACACUUAAACUUGUUUGAAAACCUCUGGGUCAUAAAACUAAAUAUUAGCUGGAUGAAUGUAUUUGUUUGUAUCUUUUUCUGUGUUGGGCUUUGUGAGGAGAAAUGCUUUCUAUGCACCAAAUCAGAGCUGAAAAAUUCUAGUGUUUUGUUAAAAAAAAAAGAGAGAGAGAGAGAGAGAGAGCUGGGUUUGGUGGUGCAUGCCUGUAGUCCCAGCUACUUGGGAAGCUAAGCCAGGAGGACUGCUUGAGCACACGAGUUCAAGUCCAGCCUGGGCAACAUGGCAAGACCCCAUCGAUAAUAAAUGAAUAAAGUUUUCUCUCAAGGUGAGAGAUACUAGUACUAAUACUACUACUAAUAAUGAGAUCACUGUAUGAAUUCCUUUCUGUUUCUACAUUAAUCCCUUUCUGUUUUUGGGUGUGCAUUUUUGUGUGUAGGCUUAUCUGCCUUGGGCCUCUUUUGUCACAUAUUGUUCAUCUGUGAGCUGAGGCCCUGACUCACUGAGUAUUUUUGGGGAGCAGAAGAAGGAGACAUUUCUCUCUGAAGAUGAACUCAACAGGCCACCUUCAGGAUGUCCCCAAUGCCACCUCGCUCCAUGUGCCUCACUCACAGGAAGGAAACAGCACCUCUCUCCAGGAGGGUCUUCAGGAUCUCAUCCACACAGCCACCUUGGUGACCUGUACUUUUCUACUGGCGGUCAUCUUCUGCCUGGGUUCCUACGGCAACUUCAUUGUCUUCUUGUCUUUCUUCGAUCCAGCCUUCAGGAAAUUCAGAACCAACUUUGAUUUCAUGAUCCUGAACCUGUCCUUCUGUGACCUCUUCAUUUGUGGAGUGACGGCUCCCAUGUUCACCUUUGUGUUAUUCUUCAGCUCAGCCAGUAGUAUCCCGGAUGCUUUCUGCUUCACUUUCCAUCUCACCAGUUCAGGCUUCAUCAUCAUGUCCCUGAAGACAGUGGCAGUGAUUGCCCUGCACCGGCUCCGGAUGGUGCUGGGGAAGCAGCCUAAUCGCACGGCCUCCUUUCCCUGCACCGUACUCCUCACCCUGCUUCUCUGGGCCACCAGUUUCACCCUUGCCACCUUGGCUACCUUGAAAACCAGCAAGUCCCACCUCUGUCUUCCCAUGUCCAGUCUGAUUGCUGGAAAAGGGAAAGCCAUUUUGUCUCUCUAUGUGGUCGACUUCACCUUCUGUGUUGCUGUGGUCUCUGUCUCUUACAUCAUGAUUGCUCAGACCCUGCGGAAGAACGCUCAAGUCCGAAAGUGUCCCCCUGUAAUCACAGUCGAUGCUUCCAGACCACAGCCUUUCAUGGGGGUCCCUGUGCAGGGAGGUGGAGAUCCCAUCCAGUGUGCCAUGCCGGCUCUGUAUAGGAACCAGAAUUACAACAAACUGCAGCACGUUCAGACCCGUGGAUAUACCAAGAGUCCCAACCAACUGGCCACCCCUGCAGCAAGCCGACUCCAGCUGGUAUCAGCCAUCAACCUCUCCACUGCCAAGGAUUCCAAAGCCGUGGUCACCUGUGUGAUCAUUGUGCUGUCAGUCCUGGUGUGCUGUCUUCCACUGGGGAUUUCCUUGGUACAGGUGGUUCUCUCCAGCAAUGGGAGCUUCAUUCUUUACCAGUUUGAAUUGUUUGGAUUUACUCUUAUAUUUUUCAAGUCAGGAUUAAACCCUUUUAUAUAUUCUCGGAACAGUGCAGGGCUGAGAAGGAAAGUGCUCUGGUGCCUCCAAUACAUAGGCCUGGGUUUUUUCUGCUGCAAACAAAAGACUCGACUUCGAGCCAUGGGAAAAGGGAACCUCGAAGUCAACAGAAACAAAUCCUCCCAUCAUGAAACAAACUCUGCCUACAUGUUAUCUCCAAAGCCACAGAAGAAAUUUGUGGACCAGGCUUGUGGCCCAAGUCAUUCAAAAGAAAGUGUGGUGAGUCCCAAGAUCUCUGCUGGACAUCAACACUGUGGUCAGAGCAGCUCAACCCCCAUCAACACUCGGAUUGAACCUUACUACAGCAUCUAUAACAGCAGCCCUUCCCAGGAGGAGAGCAGCCCAUGUAACUUACAGCCGGUAAACUCUUUUGGAUUUGCCAAUUCAUAUAUUGCCAUGCAUUAUCACACCACUAAUGACUUAAUGCAGGAAUAUGACAGCACUUCGGCCAAGCAGAUUCCAGUCCCCUCCGUUUAAAGUCAUGGAGGCUACAGGAUCUUAUGUGAACAGUUUUUGUUUCUGAUACUAAUGGACUUUAUUCUAACUUUGAGAUCAAUGGCGGAUCAAAACCUAAAAGAUUCAACUGAAAAGUUGGCACUUAUUGUUUUCUUUCACCUGAUGUGUCAGUAUCUGUUGAUUUGCUUUGUAGUUUGUUGACAUCUUAAGAUUUGAUGUGAAAGUUUUAGAUUUUUUACCCUGAUCUUUGCCCCAGUCUUUUGUACCGAGCCUUUAAAUAGAUGCCAGGAAUGAAGCUACUGUGUUAAAGUAGAAAGUCAACCGA